GUUCACUGUAUCCGGACGCAUCUGAAUCACCUGCCGAUUCUACCGCACAUGAUCAUUCAAUUCGUUUCUCACCAAAAACCAUUUUAUUACCUCCAAGAUUCUUCUAUUUAACUCAACUCAUGAACUAUCAGUUGCUUCCAACUACCGAUUCCAAAUCGGAUUUGGCGUCCUCGUCAUCAUCGUCCAUGGAUUUGGUUACCAAUGGAAGUGUUGAUUUCAGAGGCAGAGUUGCCAAUAAACGGAAAACCGGCGGAUGGAAAGCUACUCCCUUCAUCAUCGCUAACGAGGCGGCGGAGAGACUUUCGGCGUUCACGGUGUCCGCGAGUCUGGUAUUGUAUCUAACCAAUGAGAUGAAGGAAUCGUUACCAGAUGCAGCCACACAUGUGAGUGAUUGGGUGGGAGCUACAUAUCUUCUUAUGCUUCUCGGUGCUUUUCUCGCCGAUGCUUAUUUGGGCCGUUACCUCACCGUCAUCCUCUCCUCCGCCGUCUACCUCGUUGGAAUGGUGCUGCUGACUGUUUCAGCUUCAGUCGACAGCUUACGCCCCAAAACUUGCAACGAACCAUCAAACUGCCCAAAAGCAACCCCAGGCCAAUCGGCUCUCCUCUACUCUGCCCUGGCCCUCGUGGCUCUAGGCACAGGCGGUGUUAAACCCAACGUCCCUUCAUUUGGUGCCGACCAACACGACGAAAACGAUGAAAAAGAACUUGGGUACAAGUACACCUUCUUCAACUUUUUUUUCUUAUCAAUAAAGGUGGGGGCUUUGUUAGGCCUCACAGUUAUGGUGUAUAUAGAACAGGAGAAAGGCUAUGCUUGGGGUUUCGGCCUUCCAACUGUCAUCAUGUUUGCAUCGGUUUUGAUAUUGGCAGCCGGGUUUCCCAAGUAUCGGUACAAGAAGCCGAUGGGGAGUGUUUUUACUAGAUUUAUUCAAGUGCUUGUGGUUUCAGUAAGAAAUCAUUUUAGAGGUGUUCAAGCGAAUCCUGAAGUUAAGCUUUAUGAGGUUGCUACAGAAGAAUCUGAUAUCUUCGGUGCAAGAAAGCUCUCUCAUACUCCUCACUUCAGAUUCUUGGACAAAGCAGCAGUGGUGGAAGAUCCCGAGUUAUCGAACGUAAAGAACCGAUGGGAACUAUGUACGGUGACACAAGUAGAAGAGUUGAAAACCUUCUUACGAGUCUUCCCCGUAUGGGCAUCAACCAUCGCUCUUUCCCUCUCAUUAGCCCAGCAAUCAACCUUCUUCCUCGCCCAAUCCAAAAUCUUGGACCGACACCUUGGCCCAAACUUCAUCAUCCCACCGGGCUCCAUGCAAGUUUUUGCGGUCGUAAACGCCUUCGUCACCGUUCCCAUCUACGAAAAGCUCAUCCUCCCCAUCAUCCAACGGAAAACGCAGCACCACCGUGGCUUCACAUCCUUGCAACGAAUGGGCAUCGGUCUGUUCAUUUCCAUUUUUGCCCUUGCCGUGGCUGCCGCCGUUGAACACAUGCGUAGGACUCACCCCAACCCGUCAAGCCUAAGCGUUUUCUGGUUGGUUCCGCAGUUCUUCAUUCUGGGCGGGGCCGAGUCUUUCACUUAUGUCGGGCAAUUGGAGUUUUUCUACGAUGAAGCUACCGACGGUAUGAAAAGCGUUUGUGGCGCAUUGUUUUUGAGUGAGAUUGGGAUCGGAAGUUGGGUAAAUAGCGCGCUUGUGAAUAUCGUGGAGCGGGCAACAGGAACGGGAAAAAACGGAUGGUUGAGAGACGAUCUUAACGUGAGCAAACUCGACUAUUAUUAUUCGAUAUUAGCAGGGAUCAGUGCGAUUAAUUUGUUUGUAUACAUAUGGGUGGCUCGAAGGUACAAGGGUCGACGCCAAGGUUAAUAUGUACCAUUAUAAAUACCUCACAGCAGCUGUAAUGAAUGAACAUAUGGUUUGUGUUUUUAUGUUUUAUCAAUUUAAGUCCAUUGGUCU